AUGUCUUCGUCGAAUCCAUCCACCUCCAAAACAGACACCAAUUCAAAACCUGUCGAGCCUGCAAAGGAUGAGCAAGCGCAACCCACGCUCGGCAUACUAGAGGAGGACGAUGAGUUUGAAGAAUUUCCUGUGGCAGACUGGGAUGAUUCGGAGACAGACCUCGCACAUCUCGGCGGGGCGGCACCAGGAGCUGCCAAGUCUGGCGGGGACAAGCUUUGGGAGGACAACUGGGACGACGAUGAUAUCGAGGACGACUUUAGCAUUCAAUUGAGGUGA